CUACACCUCCGUGAGAAAAACUUCUCGCCAUCUUCCUAAGUCUGACACCUACGCAGGAGCCUGCUGAAAUCUACACCUGCUACCCGAAUUAAGUAUACGCGACGCGUAAACAAUCUACCGGAAACGCGUCCUCGAGAUAUUACGGCUCGGCCUUUGCUAUCGAGCAGAGCAGCUAUUUUUCCGUCGGGCUCUCGAGUAUUCUGACACACACACACUGUCGUUUUGGAAUUGCCUCGAGAAUAUUUUUUUGGGUCUUCAUAGCGUGUGUGGCAUCAGAUCGUCAUAACCUGGGCCGGAGAUAAUUCAGACAUCAUCUCGAGAUGCUACCGCCGAACCAGACGAUGCUGGAAAACCCAGCGAUGGCGGCUUUUGGCUACAGCACCAGUCAGCCAUCGUCCACUACUACAGCUGCCUUGAGUCGGUCACAGCGCACACUUCCACCGGAUGUUGCGCCCUGCACAUUUCUGUUACGCGAUCAUACGCCUGCGACGGUAUACCCGAUUAUCAAUUCGUCUGCUGUGCCGAUAGGCUUGCUUGCGUUUCUAUGUGACGAGCUCAAUGUUGAGAUUGAGCGUGGAGAGACAUUUCCAAUGCUGGAACCGUUGCCUCUGGAUGCGUUUCAGUCGUAUUGGUUUUCUUCGUUUGCAGCGAUUAUGCUACUAGGAGAUGAGCCCUCUAUAAUGGACAACAGAGAUUGGUCUAAAGAGUGCUUCGGUGCCUUUUACAUCAAACCAAAUUAUCCUGGUCGGUCCGCUCACGUAUGUUCCGCAGGCUUCAUAGUAGCCGCGCACGCGCGAGCAAAAGGUAUAGGUCGAGUUCUAGGCGAGUGUUACAUCAACUGGGCGCCAAAGCUAGGCUAUACCUACUCAGUUUUCAAUCUCGUGUUUGAAACCAAUGUAGCUGCUCGUCGGAUUUGGGAGUCGAUCGGAUUCAAGCGGAUAGGACGGGUCAAAGGAGCGGCGAUUUUGAAAGGCCAUGAUCAUCCGGUGGAUGCGAUCAUGUACGGAAGAGAUCUGGUAGGAGAAGAUGAGGAUCCGGUUGGUGAACUUCGUUUCGAUCGGAUAAAGUUCUAUCUAGAAACUGGACGGUACCCACCGCAAGCGGAUCGCCAGGAAAAAUCUAGACUUCGAUCUUCAGCUGUGCACUACAAGAUUCGAGACGGCAAUCUGAUGCUGAAAGACCGAGAAGUGGUGUCCGACACCGACCGUCAGCUCGCUAUCGCGACAGAAGUUCACAUGAAUGGACACGUCGGUAUCAACAAGACCACAUCCACUAUCGCGGAGAAAUACCACUGGACGAGAAUCAAAGAGACCGCAGCUACAGUCAUCAGACUAUGCCCUGUGUGCCGGGUUAACUCUCGGGUAUCCCAGCCGUCUCUGAGCCAUCCACUUCUCCAACACCAAUCGGGCCAGCGCCGCAACAUCGACGGUCUUUCGACCUCGCAAAAAUCCACAAUGGCGACUCCCGUGCCCACGCAGGCAACCGUCAACCCAUCACAUGCCACGAACGGAAGAAAUGGAAACGUACUGGGCCACGACGACAGAAGAGACGAAAACGUCGUGGCGAGCGACAACGCCGCUGCUGCUGUUGCUGCGGCGGCCGUGGCUGCUAUGGGAAUGGUUGAUUCUCAAGAAGAUAACGGGGUCGGCAAUGUGCAUGGAGUCGACGAUGUCAACGGAGUUGAUGGCGAGAAUCCAGACGAUGAUAAUCUUUGGUUGGGAUACGGAGAGUUACGACUGGGGCUGAAUUGAUAUACGUUUGAUAGUAGACUGCUGGCAGUUAUUUCUUUUUCUCUUUGUGUAACUUUAGGAGAUGCCUGUAUUAUGACUGUAUGAGUUUUUUUGAAUUUAGACGAAU